ACUCCUCCCCUCGCCGCUCAGUCCUCUACAGAAAUAUUGUAAGCUUUAAAUCGGGGACUCACAGCACUAAGUCACGAAGGCUAUGGUACUUAGAAAUAGUUUUUUUUUCCUUGAAUAAGUUCAUCCAGAAUUCGAUGUCAACCUCUGCAGUUUUGCUAACUUAAGUGUGGCAGUGAUAUGAAGGGCACCAGAUGCUCCGCGUUCUUUACUACUUUUCUGCUGAACUCAGCCGCAUCUUUCGCUGCUUCAGGCGUAUGUGUGUAUUCGGAUCCCUAGACUAAAAACACAGCGUUUGCUUUUCAUUUUGUUGUAUUUAUUAUUAGUAUCUUUAACCAAUAUAAGUCAGCAUUGUACCUAGCUACAACAACUCACCGAAACAUUUACGGAUUUGCAUUGGAGCAUCCAUCUGGGGUUGUGCAGGACCAUUAGUCAACUAAUCACUAAGAUUUCAAAAACUACACCACUGCUUCAGACGAGAUGAUGAGCAAAUCCGCAGGAUCAACAACACUUGUCGUCGGAGCAGCAAGCACCGUAACAACACCGCUUAUCAUUUGGAGAUGCCAUUCCCCCCCUCUGGUCGAAUUUUGGACAUUCCGUGUAGAGUGUGUGGUGACCGCAGCUCAGGAAAGCACUACGGUGUUUAUGCUUGCGACGGAUGUUCUGGGUUUUUUAAACGAAGUAUCAGAAGAAAUCGGACGUAUGUCUGCAAAUCUGGUAAUCAGGGAGUCUGUCCUGUGGAUAAGACGCACAGAAAUCAAUGCAGAUCCUGCCGAUUGAAAAAGUGUCUAGAAGCGAACAUGAACAAAGACGCUGUGCAACAUGAAAGGGGUCCCAGGACGUCAACUAUACGAAAGCAAGUGGAACUGUACUUCAGAGGGCACAAGGAGGUCAGAGGCGCGGCGUCUCACUUUUCAUCGAGCGCUAUGGGUCAAGCUUUCUUCACGGCAGUCACCCAGAUAGAACCACACAACCUGGAGCUUGCUACAGUUUCCAGCAUCCCAGAACGACAGACCAUCGUGGGACUAGCGCAGCCCACUCCUAAGUAUCCACAUGAAGUGAGCGCCGCACCCAUGUAUCUGUGUGAAGUAGCCACGGAAUCAGUAUGCGAGUCAGCGGCCAGGCUGUUGUUCAUGAGCAUCAAAUGGGCAAAAAGUGUACCAGCAUUUUCUACUCUGCCUUUACAAGAUCAAUUAAUUCUUUUGGAAGAGGCCUGGAGAGAGCUGUUUGUUCUCGGAAUUGCACAGUGGGCUAUCCCGAUUGAUUCAAACACUCUACUGGCUGUUUCUGGCAUGAGCACGGAGAACACGGACUCUCAGAGAUUAAACACAAUUAUUACAGAAAUCCAAGCCCUGCAAGAAGUAGUUGGCAGAUUCAGACAACUUCGACUGGACGCCACAGAAUUCGCCUGCCUCAAGUGUAUUGUCACGUUCAAAGCUGUGCCUACCCACAGCGGUUCAGAUCUAAGGACCUUUCGCAAUGCAUCUGCUAUUGCCUCGCUGCAGGAUGAAGCUCAACUGACCUUGAACAGCUAUAUACACACAAGGUAUCCAACACAGCCAUGUCGGUUUGGGAAACUGCUGUUACUUCUGCCCGCUUUAAGAUCAAUAAGCCCCUCCACCAUUGAAGAGGUAUUUUUUAAGAAAACAAUAGGAAACGUGCCAAUCACAAGGCUGCUGUCUGACAUGUACAAAUCCAGUGACAUUUGAACGUGAAUGUUUAAUGUUUCUUAUAUCAACAGAGACGCGUGUCCCCAAAUGUGAGGAAAUAAUAAAUGCCUCUUUCUGACAAACCUUUUGCUGUUGACGAUAAGUCAGGUUUUGCUGGAGUUAAGAGACAUGUCACUCGCACCAUUUGUUCUGGAUAUUUGAGACAGCAGAUCUGUUUGUCGAACUGAAGCAGAACGUUGGGAAGGACUGGUUGGCAACAACAUGCAGACGUUCAGAGCAUUUAAAAUGAAAAUGUGGAACGGUUUCUUUUAAAGGAAGACGCUUUCAUUUUCAGAACAUUGCAGAACCUGAUUGUAAAUGUGUUGACCUAGCUUGAAUAACUCAAUUAUUGCCUGAUACAACAGUAAGGUUUGUGACAUAACAUUAUAAAGAUGCAAUGAGUUCUGAAUUGGAGGAGAGGUAUACUGUACUUAGUUUUAUGUUUUGUUUUUGUCUUACUCCUGCUUUGCUGUAUGAAACUUAGCUCGCAUCUCAAAGACAGACAAGCUUUACAAUCAACAUGUAUUUUCAGUGUAUAAAAUACAACAAAAGAAACCAAAUAAAGUAGAAUUGUUUUUGCUCGUCCGCUAGUCGCUGUCCUUGACACAGUGCUGAAACCAAAAGCGUUACUUUUGGAGAACGCUGAGGAGUAAGGAUAAGCACGUGCUGGUCUAGAUACAUGAGAUGGCUCGUGAUGGCACGGUUUCUGAGGACUGGAAGACACAGCUAUUUUUGCCUUCAAUCAGUACUUUGACAAGUUUAAUGAUGUAUUGAGCAGCUGCGGGUAAAAUAUUGCUUUUUGUUUAAAAAAAAAAAAAAGUGUUUGUGCAAUGCUGAAAAUGCAGUCAACACUAGCACUGAGAAAUUCAGCACUUGUGGACUAUAGAAUAUGAUCAAUUGUUUUGUUGUACAAAAAGUGAAGUAUUAACUGACUCAUGAAAUGAGUACUUUUGUAUAUAAUUAGAAUAAAUAAUAUUGAACUGGAA